UACAUGUCGUGAUAUCCGCAUGAAUCAGAUAGCUCGAGCUUGGGCGAAUUACAGGCGCUCGCCCGAGUCUAUCGAGGUAUGCCUUCGGGCUGAAAAGUAUUGGCCCGACGAUGCCGGGCAUUCUGUCCACCCUGCCUGAUCGUAAUCAUUCUGUAGACUUGCACUCUCACACCCUCGAGCUCAGCCUGGCUAAAGGUAGCCAGCCAGAUUGCCAGGGAUGCGUCUGGUGAUCCAAAAAGUGAAGCGAUCCAGUGUGAUCCUUGACGAUGAAGAGAUCGCUUCCAUAGGCCGUGGUCUCAUCGUUCUCAUCGGCAUAGACAAGGACGAUACCGAGGCGGACAUCGAAAAGUGCGUGACCAAGAUACUCAAGACGAGAGUCUGGGAGAACUCUGAAGGAGCAUUAUGGGAGAAGGAUGUCAUGGAUGUGGAAUGUGAGGUAUUAUGUGUCUCUCAGUUCACCUUACUGGCCAGCGUAAACAGAGGCACAAAACCAAACUUUCGAGCGGCGAUGCCUCCAUCAGACGCCCAGAACAUCUUCGCGUCGAUGGUAAACAAGCUCAAGCAAGCUUACAAGGCAGAUAAGAUUGCCCAAGGGAAAUUCGGCUCAACAUGCGAGGUCAUGCUGGUGAAUGAUGGACCCACGACGAUAUUGUACGAUACGAGAAGCAAAUGAGCACAGAUGGGACCGGCCUGCAAGAGUCUGCUGUAGCCACCCGGUGUUAAAAAUGCCAGAGAUCACCAUAAUGGAGCUCCCGAACCUAAGGCACAAAGUCUGGCUACAAGUUCAGCCCACAAUGAGAAGCUCUACAGAGAACGCAGCUUCCUGCAAGGACUAGGUAGCUUUGAGACGAAUUAUCCCGUAGACGGCAUGCAUGCCCCCAACCUCUGCAAGC